AUGGCGGCUUUGACAAAGUUUUCGCCGCCCGUGCUCCAAGGGUUUACGCGUUUGUUUUGACGCUCCGUUGAAAACUCGAGGGUCUGUUAAAUCACGACAUUAAGUUUUCACCAAAGAAAUUAUAAAUCGGAUUGAAUUUCGCGAAAAAAAAACAAAAACCAGUAAAAAUUUUAUAAGUUUUGUUCGUAAUCCGCUCGGUUUUUUUGGCCAUAAAGAAAGAGGGAGAGAGAGAGAGCGCAAGAGAAAAAACGUAUUCGCGUGUGCGCGAGAGUUUCGGUGACUUUUUUUGCUCGUCUUUACGCUGUUAUCUAUAUAGUAUAUUGUGAAUUUCGUUUGUGCGAUAAGUUUCGGCAGGCCCGAUGCGGCCCGCGACGGUAUUAUCGAGCUCAAAUGAUGACUUCGAUGCUGCCCAGCUUUAAUCCGCCAAUUGUCAAGCGGUUGCUGGGCUGGAAGAAGGCCGAGGGCGAGGACAAAUGGAGCGAGAAGGCCGUUAAGAGCCUCGUGAAGAAGCUCAAAAAAUCGGCUGGCCUCGACGAACUCGAGAAGGCCAUCACGACACAGAGCUGCACCACCAAGUGCAUUACCAUACCAAGACCAAGCCCCGGGGGUGUGGGCGAUAACGGGGUCCAGGGUGUUCGAGGCAAAGGGCUGCCUCACGUGAUCUAUUGUCGUCUGUGGCGUUGGCCGGAUCUCCAAUCUCAUCACGAGCUAAGAGCUAUCGAACACUGCGAGUACGCCUUUACCCAGAAACGCGACGAGGUCUGCGUCAAUCCUUAUCACUAUCAGCGAAUACAAACGCCAGUUUUACCGGCUAUCCUGGUACCGAGGCACAAUCUAUCUGGCGACGAAUCCGUAUUAUACAAUACUUCCCUCGAAGAGCUUAGCGUAAGUGUGCCCGAGAACACGAGCUUCCACGCAACGUUGAACCAUCAACACAAUAAUCAACAGGGGCUAGCCCAGUCCCCGCAACAGCAACAACCAAAUAAUCCGUACCAAGGAAUGCAGAGUAUGCAGGCAACGAGUCCGGCGAGUGUCGGGAGCCUCGGUAGUGUUCAGGGUUCGCCACAUCCUGCACCAGGAUCUAUGGAUCCACCAGCAGACACACCACCACCAGGUUACAUAAGCGAAGACGGUGAUAACAUGGAUCACAACGAUAACAUGUCACUUUCGCGUCUCUCACCUAGUCCCGUAGACGCUCAACCGGUCAUGUACUGCGAACCAGCGUUCUGGUGUUCCAUAAGCUAUUACGAACUCAACACAAGAGUCGGAGAAACGUUCCACGCCUCGCAACCAAGCAUAACUGUCGAUGGCUUCACGGAUCCAAGUAACUCCGAGCGUUUCUGUCUCGGUCUUCUAUCCAAUGUCAAUCGAAACACCGUUGUCGAACAGACGAGACGACACAUCGGUAAAGGCGUUAGACUCUAUUACAUCGGUGGGGAAGUAUUCGCGGAAUGUCUCUCCGAUUCUAGCAUAUUUGUUCAGAGCCCGAAUUGCAAUCAACGCUAUGGUUGGCAUCCCGCUACAGUCUGCAAAAUACCACCAGCUUGUAAUUUGAAGAUCUUCAAUAACCAGGAAUUUGCAGCGCUGCUAUCGCAAUCAGUUUCACAAGGUUUCGAAGCGGUUUAUCAAUUAACCAGAAUGUGCACUAUACGAAUGAGUUUUGUAAAAGGUUGGGGUGCGGAGUAUCGUCGUCAGACGGUGACUUCGACACCGUGUUGGAUCGAAUUGCAUUUAAACGGGCCGUUGCAAUGGCUCGAUCGAGUUUUAACGCAAAUGGGUUCACCCCGUUUACCCUGUUCCUCGAUGUCUUAAGUCGACUUUUAAAAAUAAUUAACAACGAGACGGAAAAGCGUCUCCGAAUAACGCGAAUGAUUAAUAGAAAACUGAAACACAAUCGAAGCUAAAAAGAAAAAGGAAAAACGACAAAAGUAAGGAUGAGGAAAUGGAGGGAUAAUCGAUAGAAUGAUCAUUGUAAGUUGAGAAGAACCGACACCAAGAACGAGGAAAAAAACGAUCUGCUACUGCUGGACGGGACAAUUGUUCGUAUUUCUCGCAUUAAGACGUUCAAAAUCCAUGUGAAUGUCCGUAGUAAUAUCGAUACAUGUUGAUCUAGAUCGCGAAAUUUCAUGAGAAUUUAAGGAAUCAGAGGAAUAAGAGUGAAACUUAAAAUGUAAUGUUUAAAAAGACGAGACAAGAGCUGGGUGAUAGUGAGAGAAAAGAAGUGUUCAAAAUUCGGAUAAUAGAGGAAAAACGAAAGAAAAAUUUUGCCAUUACGAUGGUACUUUGCUGGUCUCACAACAGUCAUGUCGUUAAUUGCCAACGAGAAGGCGUUUUAGGGUUAGGAAAGUUUUAGGAUGACGCGUGAAACGUGACACAUCCAAGGGAAAAGAAAAGGGCUAAAUCAAUCGUUGUAGAAGACGUUUUUCAUUCUCAAAAGUAAUCAAUUACACGCGGAACGUUUUACGAAACGUUGGUCUAGGCGCUCGAUCCGACGGACGAAAAAGUAACCCAAAAAUCUUGGGAAAUCAGAAACUACGAUGUUUUCGAUCAAUCAACGACGAUAAAAAACUAAUUAAUGUAUACGUACACGAACCUAUGUAUCUGUGUCGAUAUUUCGGUGAGGCAACCACGAUUAUCAUGACUUAUCAUACUACGCCAAAAAAGAAAAAAAUUGAACAAUAUCUUAAGCAGUACAUAAGAUAUUUGCUGCCUUGUAACGGAAUUAAAAUAAUUUGAAGAAUAUUCAACACCUGCGGUCUCGGUCCGAAUUUUAAUCUAAUCGGGAUAUUGAGAUUUAAUGAAAAUUUGAAAAAAUCAGUUUUUUUUUAAAUUCUAUUCAAACCGUUUCGCAGUAACAUUCUGUCAUUAUGAAUCGAUAUUCGCAAUAAAUGAUAGAUAUCCGAUUUUUUCUUGUUUCAAUCAAAUCGCGAAAUUGACUUUCUUCAAAUAAAAUUUUUGCCUGGUAACGAAAAUGUAAAAAUUUCUCAAUAUUAUAUACAUAUUGAUGUGUAUAUAUGUUUGUGUACAUGUAAGAGUUACAAGAAAUGUCGAGUGUUAGUGACGAUUGAAAAAAAAAAAAAAUUAGCAUACAUACUCGUUAUUGCUUUGAUUUUUUAAUGAAAAACUGUCGAAAAUUAUUCGCGAUUACGUUUUGAAAUGAUGAUUUUUUUUUUGCAAAAAUUGUUUCUCCAGUAUUUUUCAACGGUCGUAUUCGACUGGUCUGGCACCAUUCAGAGUUGAAAUGAGAAAAUGACGAAAAUUCUCUUUUAUUUCUAACAGAUUGGAAUUGUUGUUUAUUUUCUUGAACUUUUUGUUGAUUUCAACUUCUUCCUGCGAGAAAAGUUGUUUUUUUGUGUGUUUUGUUGUUGAUUAAUGUAUUUAAAAUCGCAAUUGCGAUUCUCUUUUUUUCUUGUUUACCAGAAAUUUGAGUUGGACCAAACGAAGAUGAAUUUCAUUAGUUCACGAAACCGUCGAGUGUAUUUCAAACCCACGAAUGGCUAUUGUGAAGGUUUGUCUUCUUUUUCAACAGACGAAAGAAUAUGAGAUGAAAUUUGGAGUAUGUAAAUAUUUGUUGAAUGCGCCAAAAGUGAGAAAAAAGAGGGGAAACCGAACAAAGGGCGUAUCGUAAUAAGUUUUUUUCGAAACAUUGAAAUGAAAAAAGAAAGUUAUCGUGUCACUGCACAAAUCGGUUUCCUAUUUUGCAAGGGCUUCAAUGUCUGAGAGUGUGAGAAAUCGCGCUGUCAAUUACAUAUUGACGGUGAAAAAUCAAAUUGGAUCGACGGUAUUGAAUUUAUUGAUCGAGAAUGAGAAAAUCGGUUAACUUUGAUUUAACGAUGAGACCAACGAAAGACAAAAAUGAAAAAUGUAACAGAAAAGAUGAAAAAAACACAAAAAUCUGCUUCCUACAAAGGAGAAGAUGUGAACAGAAUUAUCGCUACGUAUUAAGGUGUCUUAUCUUAACUAAUCGCUACUCUUACUAAGAUUUAGAGAACGAACGAGAGAAAAAGAGAAAAAAAACCGUAACUUCUCACAAAAUGAUGAAGAUGCUGCGCGAAAACAAUUUUUGCGAAGAAGAUGAAAAAAAAAAACACAGAAUAUCUUAUAUACUAAUAUCAACGUAAGAAAAAAGCAACUAUAUAAAUAUAUAUUAUAUAUACAAAAAAUAUUAUAUAUGUUGUCGGUUGUGCGAGGCGUUCGCAACGAGACGCGUUAUAUUUCGUAAUCGAUCUAGUAAACCGUCACAGGGCUAAGUUUCGAGAACGAUAUUUGUGGAAAUAACGAGAAAAUGCCAACCUAUAAAAUCUGAAUGAGAAUAUAAUUUUCGUACGUCGGACGUGACGCUAGAGAUAUGUGUUGAUAACAAAUCGAGAAUGAUUAUCGAGCGCAGACUUUUGAGUUAAGAAAAUUGGGCGUAAACAUUUAAAAAUGUUAGAAUCUUUUGAUUAUUCCCCAUGAAAAGAGGUUUGGUACACGAAUUGAGUUUUAAACGAGCGUUUUUUUCAUUUCAUUAUUUUAGAAUUGAGACUAUUUUGGAUGAACGAAAAUUGAAAUAAGUACUAAGAAGCGAUAUCAAACGUUUUAGUGUACGCCAAGAGAGAAAAAAAUAUUCUGUAAGUGAUAAGUGGGCGAGCAGUUUCAAGAAGAAAUUGGAAAUUUUAAAACAAAGAUGAAAAAAAAUAUAUAUAUUUUUUUUCAUUUUGAAAUGUAUGUAUAAAUUAUAUUCAGAUUAUUGCAAAAUUCUUUACGAUUUAAAGAGCUCCUUGACGAAGGGCGGAUUUUCACCAAUUCGAGACAAUUUUUCCUCGUCAGAGAUAUUUCUAUUUUUAUUACCAAAAUUUUUUAUAAUUAUACUUUCAAAUUUUAGCGUUGCUCCAAGUCGACUGUGAAACAGAAAAAUAUGCAAAAUGCGGGGAAAUAAAUAAGUAAGGAAAAAGAGAAAAAAAUUAUUAACCGUUAGCGAUCGAUUAUCUUAUGAAGAAAACAAAUGUAACGAAUUGUAUUUGGCGAGACACAACUGAGUGUAUAAUUAGGAUGAGAGUGUGUAGAAGAUUUUGCGAAUAGCUUGUACACGCAGUGUACACCUUUUCGGGUUUUGAAUGAACGUAUUAUCAAAUCUUCGUAUAUUUUCUUUUUUUUUUAAAUAUUUUUAUUAUUUUGACGGAAUUUGAAUUGUAUAUUCGCGUGUUGUAAGAAAAGGAAACGAGGACUCGGCGAGAUACGAAAACGUUGUACUUCAACGUUGCAGAUGCUACGUUACGAAUAUAAUUCAUACACUGUGUGUGUACACUCAUUUCAGCUUGUCACACCGACUAAACGAAUAAUUGAGAAGAAAAAAUGAAAUGAAAAUAAAAUAAACAAAAAAAUACUGAAGUAAUAAGAGAAGAAGAAAAGAAUUAAAAGGGUAAUAAAAACACGAACGAAAUGUGACGAAGUUGAGAGAGAGAAAGAGAGAGAAAGAGGGAAAGGGAGAGAGGGAGGAAGAAGUGUAAUAUUUUGCUACUGAACUUAGAGUUUUUAAGUCCAUAGGUUUUUAUCAAUGAAAAGAAAAAAAAACAAAAAAAUAAAAAAUAAAUACAAACGAGAAGAAGAAGAAGUAACCGAAAAAUAAAUAAGACGAGCGAUCCAAUAUUACAUAAUACAUUUCUACGAUAUUAAGUUUAUAUAACUUGUAUAUUGAUAUUACAAAUUUUUCUUUUUCUACGAAGAAUUUUCGUUAUCUUUUUUUUUUAGUGAUGUGUGGCUCGGCAACCCUCGAUUGUCAAUCGUUUUAAUAAAACGACACGUUUUUUUUUUGUUAACUUUAUUUUGGUUUCUUUUUAUUUUUAAUCGAUAUGCUUGUAAUUUCGUCGAGAGAGGGCACGAGUCGUUAAUUGCUCUUUAAUCGUUGUUCUAUUUUGGGAUUCUUCUUGAUAAUACCAUUAAUCAGCACGAAAUAUCAAAUAAAUACAUUGAAAAAUAAUCACAUUAAAAAUAUCUGGACAAAUCUAAAUUGAAUAAUAUCUGGUACGAGUAAAAACAUUCCAUAUUGUAUGCGUAUGCUUCACGCGCUUCCAGUCUCCUCCCAAUUAUCACGAACAAUGAUUCAUGCGAUACACGACUCGUAACGUCAAAAUGAGCAAAAUUGACUACGAUGAGAUAAAAGAAAGCUUCAGAACGAACGUUUUUUGUAUCGUUUUUUCAUGGUGGCCAUGAGCGAAGCUUUUUUUUCAAAAAUGUGUUUUUUUCCCGGUUGGAUUCGAAAAGAUUUUUUCGUCUAGCGAAUUUAACUUGCAAAGCUUUUGGCGGAAUAUCCGAUCUCAAACAGCCUCGUGAAACCAUUUUUUUCAUCGAACACAAAUAUAUCUGAAAAAUGAUUUUUUUUUUUUAAUUUUGGCUUUAUUAGGUGCAAGCUGGAUUGAAAUACGAACGAGGAGGAACGAUUGUGGAAAAUUCGACAAAGUGUUUAAUAGUGAAAUUAGACGCGCUGGCCACGUUUUUUUUCGACAAUUAACUGACGAAGGAGAUCGAGGUGUCUAUCAAUACAAUUGUCUUUUGUGGUUUUAUGAAAAAAAAAACGAGAAAAAUGAAAGAGAGGAAAAAUCGUUUGCUACACGGUAAUUCGUCAUUCGUGUCAACCAAUUUGAUUUUAGCAUCGAUAAUGUGUAUGUCAAAAUAUUUUAUAAGGAAAUAGAUGUAAGCGAAGAGGCUCGGGGGGGCCUCCUUGCAAAUUCUGGGUCUGUUCAUUGAGGGAACUGAAAAGUAAAAGGUCCCAAUUCGAUCUUCGCCACUUGAAUCUGUCGUCUUAUUUGGGUUUGUUCUUUUUUUUCUCAAAUUUUUGUCAAACACGAUUGCGAGCGUAAAAAUAAAAAUCAUUUGAUAAAAGUGUUGAACCAUGGAAUUGACGACUCACUUGCGUGUAGACUGCCAUUUUAGAGUAGUGAGAAAGAACAGGAUGAAACAAGAAAAUGAAUAAAAUGACCAGAGUGUGGAUCGUGAAAAUGCGGUAGCGAUUUAAAUAAAAACAAAAACAAACAAAUUGCACGCGUUGCUGAAAAAUGAAAAGAACAUGCUGUGAUAGCCACGUAACUGCUUCGACGAAGAUAUACAUUUUUAUUUGCAAAAAUUUCAAUCAUUCUUCUAUUUUUUUGAGUUGAAACAACCUUGUGAAACGCCACAAACUCUCGACGCUCAUCAGUAACAAAAGGAUAAAUAAAAUCGAAGUCUUGUUUUUUGAGGUCCGUUACGAGUAGCCAAAAAAAUGAUAUAUAUCGACGAGAUUCUCUUAAAUCAUAUUGAAAAUCAAAUACAAAAAAAAAUGUAGAAUUCAACGUUUUUAUAAUAAACUAAAUCUUUGAAAAAUUGUACUUGUUUUUUUUUUUUUUUUUUUUUUUUUUCAUUUUAACCAGUUUCAAUUUUUUUGCUGGACUCAGUGUUGAAAAAUCUUCCUUGUAAAUUGGCAAAAGUUUUGUUGAAACUAAAUAACUCUAGAAAAAUUUACUUCUUUUACAAGUGACUUUGAUUUAUCUUUGAAACGAAUUGCUCAGUGAGCACGAUACGCUUCAUUUUUCCAUUUCUUUUCUCCGUGCAUUCAAUGUCCCUUCGACGCACAUUACGAGAUCGAAUUUUGUUCGUGCAAUGGCAAAAAAAACUUAUACAAAGUUUCGUGUCCGGAACAUACGUUCGACGGAAAAAAUGUGUUUAACACAAAAAAUUUUAAAAAAUUAAAAAAAAAACGAUCCGAACGUGUUCCUCUAUCAUCGUUGUAUAAAGAGCGGCAAAAUGGAAAGACUUGGCACCACUUGUUUGUUCGAAGAACGAGGAUGAAUAGAUUAAUCUAGGCCAGGCGUGAGAAAGAAUAGUCUGAAGAGAGAGAGAGAGAGGAGGAAAAAAGAGUAAAAGAAGCGAAGAACCGAGAAACGAUACGAUAAGAAAUCAAUGCGUGUGAGACUGUAUCAUAGUUAUAAAUAAAUGUAUAUGUUAAGGAAUAACAUUUUCGUCAUCCUCUA